AAAAACGAUGGAGCGCGUCUUAAAAACGCAACGUUUGGGCUUAAUGCAUUUUCCUUUGGAGCUUUAUUACUCUGUUGUGUUGGUUUUUGAGGUGUUUGUUUUGUGAGCUGCGGUGCGGAGUAUCGAUUUGGCAUCCAGAGAAAAGCAAAGACUGCUUCUAUGGCUGAUCCAGAACUAGAAGCUAUUAGACAGAGGAGGAUGCAAGAGCUGAUGGCUCAACAUGGCACUGUAAAUCCUUUUAAUAACAGCCUUCACCAGGGGAAGCAAGGCAGUCAGCAGAAUCCAGAUCAAGAGAGAGCACAAGAAGAUGCCAAAAGGGAAGCUGAUGAACGUAGACAAAUGAUGCUUAGUCAAAUAUUGUCUUCCCAAGCCCGAGAGAGAAUUGCACGAAUUGCACUGGUGAAACCUGAGAAAGCUAGAGGCGUAGAGGAUGUUAUUUUGAGGGCUGCUCAAAUGGGACAGAUUGUUGAGAAGGUUUCUGAGGAACGGCUUAUAACGCUGCUGGAACAAAUAAACAGCCAAACUAGCAAACAAACAAAAGUCACGAUCCAGAGGCGUCGUGGGGUGUUCGACGAUUAGGAAUGAUGAAAGGAGAUGUUUAUGAUGUGCUUUGUACAUCUCUUUGGAGAUCUCCCUGUUAAGUUGUUGAGUUCAGUUGUGAAAUAUGUUUAUUUUGAGUGAAGAAUCUUAAUGAUCUUCCAGAUGCUUGGGUUUGAGAUAAAAGAGUAAUCUGAAACUGAAACUUCGCAUUUUAUACAUUUUGCCAUUUCUUCU